AAAACACACAAUCCUCACGUUUUCUUCAACCCUCUCUCACCAGAUGAAACCUCUUCUUCUCAUGGGGAUCUAUCACUCUCGAUCUCAUCGAUGCUCAACAACAAUAACCUUCUCUUUAUAGACACUGUCAGAAUUUUGCGAAAACCAAACCCUCGUUCGAAAUCAAAGUGAUGCGAUUCUUCGGAGCUCUACCGAUUGGCCAUGCGACCCUGGUUCUCUGCUAUCGCCCUCUUGACAGAGGACUCGUUGAAGAACAGUCAUCUAAAAGACUUUGCAGCAGCAUCUUUUCAAUCUGAUUGUUGUAGACGUAGAUUCAGCAAUGGCACCCGAUACCCAUGCGCCUAGUUCCAAGGGACUCCUCUGCAACGCUGGUGCUGGUGCCGCCGCUGGAGUGAUAGCAGCUACAUUUGUAUGCCCUCUUGAUGUUAUCAAGACUAGGUUUCAGGUUCAUGGCCUACCAAAGCUCCGUGAUGGUAAUGUUAAAGGUAGUCUGAUAUUUGGGAGUUUAGAACAAAUAUUUCAAAAGGAGGGGUUGCGUGGAAUGUACCGUGGUCUCUCUCCAACCGUGCUAGCAUUACUUCCAAACUGGGCGGUUUAUUUUACAAUUUAUGAGCAGCUCAAAAGUUUUCUUUCCUCUGAUGAUGCAAAUCAUCAACUAUCUAUUGGUGCCAAUAUGAUAGCUGCUUCUGGUGCUGGAGCUGCGACAACCAUUGCCACAAAUCCUCUUUGGGUUGUGAAGACAAGACUUCAAACCCAAGGAAUGAGAACGGUUGUGUUGCCAUACAGGAGUACACUAUCUGCUUUGAGGAGAAUUGCUCAUGAAGAGGGUAUUCGUGGUUUGUACAGUGGGCUUGUGCCAGCACUGGCUGGUAUUAGUCAUGUUGCCAUCCAAUUCCCAACAUAUGAAAAGAUCAAAAGUUACUUGGCCAAUCGAGAUAAUACUACGAUAGAUCGACUCGGUGCACGUGAUGUUGCUGUUGCGUCAUCAGUUUCUAAAAUAUUUGCAUCAACGUUGACGUAUCCACAUGAGGUUGUACGUUCAAGGCUUCAAGAACAAGGGCACCACUCUGAGAAGCGGUACUCUGGUGUGGUUGAUUGCAUUAAGAAAGUCUUUCAGCAAGAGGGCAUCCCUGGUUUUUACCGCGGUUGUGCCACCAAUCUGCUUAGGACCACCCCAGCUGCAGUAAUCACAUUCACUAGUUUCGAGAUGAUACACCGAUUUCUUGUUACUUCAUACCCUCCUGAUCCACACCCUCACACAUUGUGAAACGGAUAAUAUGCUCAACUUGGGGAUCUUGCAUUGAUAAAUCAGUGCACAUUAUUUGCAAGUUAAUUAGGGCUGCUGGCUUUAUUCAGUACAGGAUGAGACAGUUCCCUGAUUGGUUGUGUAUUUUGUUGUUUAUUGGUAGUUUGUAGCAACACUUGAAAGCAAUUGAAGGCUCCAUCAAACGUACUGUAGCCAUGUCUUCCAAGGGAGAGUGAAAAGCUAUGUUAUACUGACAAUGAUAAUGACGAUAAAGUUAAUUGAGAAACCUCUUCGCUAUUUUGUUUUCUCUGGAUUUGGUGAAUAAUAGGAAUUAAUUGAAGAAAUUUUGUUGGGUGUUGAGGGGUUUGAUUGAAACUAUUGGUUUAUUUGCUAUCUGAUAGUUAGUGUUUGGCUCAGUG